UCUCAGUCUCUCCCUGCAGCUCGCGGGGGGGGGCGUGGCCUGGAUGUCUCCGCGAGCGCGCUCAGACGCCAGCGCAGAGACCUCCGUAACCUGUUGCCCUACGAGGACCAGAUGUUGACAUAUCCUGCCACCCAGGGAGGAGGCGGGGCCAACAACCUGUACUACCAAUCAGAGGACUGGAGGGGGCGGGGCAUGGACCAGGCUCUGCAGCGAUUGGUGGACAGGGACCAGAGGCGGGAGCAAGACGAGGAGCAGCGGGCAGCCUACAUGGCGGCCCUGCUCCGCCUCCUGAGCGAGGCGGAGGGCGCGGGAUUGGUCGGCCCGGGCGACGUGGAGGUGGUGGAGGAAGAGGAGGACGAGGAGGACGACCGGGGGACCCAGGGAGACCUCCGGGGCCCGGACCCGGCAGACUACGACGAGACGGGGCGGGCCCAGAACAUGGGGAGGCCCCCCCCCGCCUGGUGGGGCCUCGUGGAGCCCCAGCUGGCCCAGGCUCUGCUGGACAGGUGAGG